CGAAGAGGUUACUGCGCGGUUUUUGCGAUUUGUUUGGCGAAUUUUACAGGAGUUCGCGUUCCAAAGUGCCCAGUUUUGUGCUGUGAAAAGUGAAAUCCUUGAUUGCUCUUAAUUAUCCUACCGUCGAGUGUCACAGACGGUGCUUCUUGAUCGCUCCAAAUCGUAAGCGUGUGGUUUCGUGUGUUUCGAUUCUCAUCAUCGUCGUCGUCGUCGUCGUUAUCACUACGUCGGGUGUCGCGGUGCUUAGGUGGUGACUCAGUGUUUUCAUACGGCGUUGAUUGCUGGGGUUUCCGCCUUCCGCUUGUUGGUGGGUAGUACGUUGGCGGCAAGCUGCUACUACGCAGCAUGGAUAACGAUAGCGAUCAAAACAACCGGGACCGGUCGCGCCGCGGUGACAGGCGUAGCGGAGCCGGGUCCCGCUUCAGCAACGAUCGCGACCGUAGCCGCGAUCGCGAACGGAGCGAUUGCCGGCGGAUCUACGUAUCGAACGUGCCGUAUGAGUAUCGGUGGCAGGAUUUGAAAGAUCUUUUCCGCAAGGAGGUCGGCGAUGUUUCUUUCGUAGAGCUUUUCCACGAUGAGAACAGUAAACCGAGAGGCUGCGGAAUCGUUGAAUUUGAAAAGCCGGAACAUGUCCAAAUGGCGCUCGAGAAGAUGAACCGAUACGAUAUUAACGGACGCAAUCUGGUCAUCAAGGAGGAUUAUGGCAACGAGCGGGAUAAGUUUGGCCGGGUGGUACCCAAGUCCUUCCGUGGUCCCGAAAACGACAACCGGCGCCGGGAUCGCGAUGACGAUCGAAUGUCUGGACCGUUGCAUGGUGGUGGCAACAGUGGCGGCGGUGGUGGUAUUGGAGGAGGUGGCGUCGGCGGCGGUUCUGGGGGUAGUGGCGGUAUUAUCGGUGGCAGCGGCCUAGGUGGCGUCGGCGUUCUCAGCGGUGGAAACCUCGGUGGCAUUGGUGGAGUUGGUGGUGGAAAUGUUGGAGUAGGAAGCGGUGGUAGUGGUGCAGGAAUUGGUGGUGGAAAUGACUUUCCGCAGGAUUACAAUACGUACGGUCUGAGCGUCAAGUUCUUGGAAGGUUUGGGCAUUCAAGGACCGUUGCAUACGAAGAUCUUCGUCGCGAAUCUUGACUAUAAGGUCGAUGCGAAGAAGCUGAAGCAGGUGUUCAAGAUGGCUGGCAAAAUUCAAAGUCUCGAUCUAUCGGUGGACAAGGAUGGCAACAGCCGCGGCUUUGCCGUCAUCGAGUACGACCACCCAGUCGAGGCAGUGCAGGCGAUCUCGAUGUUCGACCGUCAGAUCCUCUACGAUCGCCGCAUGACCGUCCGGCUGGACCGUUUGACCGAGAAGAGUGAAAUGAAUCGCCUGCCGGAAGGUUUGAAGGGCAUCGGCAUCGGCCUCGGACCGAACGGUGAGCCACUUAAGGAUGUGUCGCGCAAUCUGCCGUCGCUGCAACAACAAAACACCGCUCUGCAGAGCACGGCCAUUCAGAAUGCCACCCCGACACCCGUACAGCCACCAAUGACGGCAAACAAUCUGCUAAACUCCGCCGCUACCAGCGGCCUAUCCGGUCUAAACUCGAACCUAGCUGCCCAGUUAAGUAACGUGGUCGGUCUCUCUAAUCUGACUGGCGGCUUACAAAGCUCGCUGCUUUCGAACGCAGCUGCCGGCCUUUCCAACCUGACUGGUCUAGGUGGGCUCGGGGUUUCGGCGGCUGGCGGUGGUGUUGGGAGCGGCCUGGGUGGUCCAACCGGUGGUGGCCUCGGCGGAGGACUCGGCGGUAGCCUCGGUAACACUCUUUCCAAUGCGCUCAGUGGUCUCGGUGGUGGUGGUGGCGGCGGCGGUGUCGGCAACGAUGGUGGUCUCGGUUCCAGCUUCAAUCAAAGUUACUCGUCCGGGUUCGGCAAUGGUGGAUCGAACCGGGGCAACGACUACGAUAUGGGCUCGUCGAACGUACGCAACUACAGCACUGCACCGAACGACGACUAUGGCCGCAACUAUGGCGGAAUGAACAACGGCAACAACAGGAAAACAUCCGACACGAUCGUCAUCCGCAAUAUGCCAUCGUCCUGGACGUGGCAAACGCUUCGCGACAAGUUCCGCGACGUCGGCGAAGUUAAGUUCGCCGAAAUUCGAGGCCAGGACACGGGUGUUGUACGUUUCGCCAAGGAACGGGAUGCCGAUGUUGCGAUCAAGCUCAUGGAUGGAUCGCGGUUCGAGGGACGUACGGUUGAUGUGUCCUUCUUUUAAUGUGCUGACGAAGAAUUUUACCUACAUACUCUGCCGCCAAUUUAUCCUUUGUGCGUGUCGCAUUCUCACUAGCGCCGAUUCCACCUGCAAUCCUCGGCAGCAGAACGUUUCCGUUCUUACCGCUCUUUCGUUCUACACACGUGAUGAUAAUGACGGUCGAGAUCAAGUAUUUGAGUGUUUGUGUAGCGGGGAAGUGACGUUUGGUUGCGUGGUAACAUGUACGUCGAUUACCAUUGAUAUCCCAAGCUCAGCAGGCACUGUAUUCAACAUUGAGCUGCUUGAUUUUUGUUUUUACUUUUUGGUUCUUUCGCUUUUCCUCUGCAACUAUAUUCGACCAACGUUGAUUCGUUCAAACAUAGCACCGUUGCUCGCAAACUCUUGCGCUCUGUUGCAAUACCCAAUCGUAGUAGUAACCGGGGUUGUGCAGUUGUUCAGUCAUUAGUAAUUCGCUUCGAGCGCUCUGCACCGUUGUUCAUCCGCUGUUCUGAAAUGAGCAUGGAGGGGCUAAUCGUAUCCGCAAAAUGGGGUUUAAUGUUCGUUCGCUCUGAUGUGUGAGGAAAUCGUUUUUUCUCAUUUUGUUUUCCAUUACCAAACGACCAUUUUUAUCAACCGUGUUUAGAGCAAUAGCAGGGAAAUCACAGGAACAACCUUCGUAAUCGGAGUCCUUCGCUUGUUUUUGAAUUUAGGGAAAUGCUGUUUUAGGAAACCUCGAAGCGAUAUUCACAUUUGUCCAUUCACCAGGCUGUUGAGAUACAAUCGAUCGAACGGAGCACCGAAGUAGUAGACUAAUAAGAAACGUAACAGUGUAGACUCGUACCCAGGUUCGAAUCCGUGUUUUUCAACUUCUGGUGUGAUCUGAAAAGAUUUUGUAACCAAAAGGAAUAACAUCGCACCAAAAAACACGGGUUGCUUUCCCUUCUGUCUCUCGAGCUCUACCCCCUCCUCCCCUGCCGGUUAUUAUGGCUCUACCGCGUAUAGACAGCUCUUCUAAUGCCCCUUUAGUGUGUCAUAGUGUGUUUUCUUUGUAGAAAACAUUUUUAAACAUCGUAAGCGUAUAGAAACUAACCAACUAGCGUCGGAACUAAAUAAAUCUUCAGUUUCAAGAAAAAGUACAAACUAUACACAAAAG